CACCAGGCCUCAGCCACCCCUCCGGAUGCUGGUGCUGUCACUCCCCUGCCCCCAGUCCCAGGCGCUUCCCUCCCUUGAGGCCAUGGAGGCCUCGCCCCCUCGGACUGGCCGGUCCCCAGAGCCAGGGCCAUCUUCCUCCACGGGAUCUCCCCAGACUUCUUCCCCUCCGCGGCCUAACCACUACCUGCUCAUUGACACCCAAGGUGUCCCCUACACCGUGCUGGUGGACGAGGAAUCGCAGAGAGGGUCCGGGGCCGAAGGGGCUGCCGCCCAGAAAAAGUGCUACAGCUGCCCCGUGUGCUCGCGAGUCUUCGAGUACAUGUCUUACCUCCAGCGACACAGCAUCACCCACUCAGAGGUGAAGCCCUUUGAGUGUGACACCUGCGGGAAGGCCUUCAAGCGGGCCAGCCACCUCACGCGGCAUCACUCCAUCCACAGGGCGGGGGGCGGGCGGCCUCACGGCUGCCCCCUCUGUCCCCGCCGCUUCAGGGAGGCGGGCGAGCUGGCCCAGCACAGCCGGGUGCACUCGGGAGAGCGCCCGUUCCAGUGCCCACACUGCCCGCGCCGCUUUAUGGAGCAGAACACGCUGCAGAAGCACACACGUUGGAAGCAUCCCUGAGGCAGGCGGGCGAUGGUGCCUCAGGUCCCAGGGACUCCUGUGGCUCUCAGACACCCGAACACAAAUGUAGACCAACCUCCUCUUGGAGGCCACGCCCAGCCGGAAGGAGGGGCCACACGCGAUUUUCAAGUCCUUCAACUUUCUGGGGUAUGAUGGAAGCAAGACCUCAUAGGCACAGAGUGGAGUCCUCUGGCCUCAAACACAUCAGA